AUGUCGGAACAGGAGCUAAAAAAUGUCAUACAUGUGUACUCGGAAGCGAAUAAAGCUUAUUACCUAAAUUGUGUAAAGAAUGAAAGAAACCCCAAGAAGAAGAAAAAAAAAAAUGCUUCCAAAAAGACGAAAAGUGAAGAAUUUGAUACACUUAUCCUCAACCCCCUGAACUACCGAAAUGAAAAAUUUGAAGAAAAUGGGGCUCUUCUACAUUUGCCAGGAUCCAAUAUUACUCCGAAUUAUAUGUCCCCAACCCCAAGUGCAGACUAUGUAGUGUCAUCCAUGGCAUAUGGGACACUUCACAAAUCGAAUCCGUUAUCAUGGGGAUGCGAUUACAAGAAGCAUUACGAACUUCCAACUAUUUGUUCAAUUGUAAAAUCUAAGCAUCCCAUUUAUUCAAGACCUCAAAAUGCGAAAACGGGACGAAAGGACAGCAACAUUAGUCUUAAAAAUAAAAGUAAGAAGAAAAAUAGCAUCAAGCAGUUUGGAGAAGGUUGCCCAAAUGAUAAGUCCUUCACUGUUAAAAAGGUACCCACGUUUGGAAACGGCAAAGAAGACGAAAUCGAAAACUUCCAUCACGAUAAGCAUAAAAGUAGCGAACAUGGAUUUGACAAAAACACCGUCGUAGAUACUACUAUGAAGGAUAGCAGCUGUUCCGACAAAUUGAAAGAUAUUUCAGAUGGCACUUGUAAUUAUCACGGUUUUUCUAACGACUCGGAUGGAAGUAGCGUAAACAAUUCUAACUUAGGAGGAUUAAAAAAUGUGCUGGAAGCUGGCGAAGAUAACUCUAAUUUUACCCUCAAAAGGCAGGACUACAACGAGGAGAGUAAAAACGAUACACCCAUUAUUCAGAACAAGAAGAGAAGCAAGAGUCAACAUAACGAUUUAAAUUUUGUAAACCCUAGAAGAAUAAACGGGAUGGAAAAUAUGCCCUCAGGUAAUUCUGUAGACAUAAUUUUAUCAAACUCAACCAUAAUGGAAAUGAGAACUUCAGACACGGAGUCAAAGGGUGCUUACUGCUCGAGUGGAGAACGCAGUGGAGAUUCUUCUGACUGUUCGAACGAUUCACCCAUUAGUACAAAUAAGAAUGUCAAAUCAGAUUACAACGAUUCGCACGACUAUUCAACCCCACAUAUGGGAAUGAGGCAGGCAGACAACUACAAGGACAGGGGAAAACACAAACACAAGCUGGCAGGCCAUUCAGGCACUAAAGGGCUCAAACCUAGUGGCAAAUCAACUAAGGAUAGCGAAUUAUUGGCAUGUAAAGAAAGCUAUUAUGACCCUUAUUCGAAAGUGGCAGAAAGGAACACAAAACAGGGAAAGGUGUUAAUCAAAUGUAAGGUACCUCACCCCCGGGAAAAACAAAACCGGAACGAUUGCGCAGAUUUGAUGUGGGAAAACAAGAACAAGAAAAAAUCGAAGCAAAGUGGGAAACAUAAAAAUAACGACUCUUCAAAGAAUGGUUUGGAGCAAGAACCAAAUUUCUUUGAUGAAAAUUGCUGCAGUAGGGGAAAAAAAAAAGGAAAGACAAGGGGAUUGAAACAUGGCAAACAUGUGAGGAAGUACAACCUACAGAGUAGUAGCCAUGUAAAGAACAAAAGGUCUCUAAGCAUGAGAACGAUCCACGCGUUAGGAUGUCAAAAUGGUGCAUGUACAGGUACCCACAACCUUGUUGCAUCUAAGCCAACUAUUAAACAGCCCUCGAACGUAGAACGAUGCAGUUGCGUCGAUGUGAAGAACACACCUAAUGAGAAAUUUUGUGCAAGAAACGAGACUGCCAAUCUGGUGUCUAGAAGCACUCCCAAGGAGGAAACUCUAACAAAUUGCGAAAAGGAAGCAUAUGCUGCGGGAGGACCAAUUUACGAAUAUGCCUUUCGAGCUGAUACAAUGCCAAGGACACCACUAGUCACUUAUAACAUGUGCGAGAAUGUACCACAGGGAGGAAUGAAAAAUCUGUCUCAAAAUGUUUUUGCUGAAGUCCGACCCGAGUUAGCUAAUGUUAAUUUGUGCGUACCGGAAUAUACCGCAAGGAGGUAUCAGUCGGCAUCCGUUUUGCCAAACUUUUCAGCCCAUUCAGUUCCAGAAGGGAAUACGCCAAUACCGCAGAGUCAUUUCCCUCGCGCGCAUCCGCAGAGUCAGGCGCAGAGCAAAAUGGCACAGCUGCAACAAUUGCCAUUUAUAGAAAAGCCGAUUGUUCUUGAACAAAUUCCGCUGGGGAGUGUAAUUUCAAGUGGAGAGCUCAGAGCCGCUAAUAAGGUUUGCAGUCUUACGGAGUUAACGAAUCAGUUAGUAUCGGUUAAGGGGGAAAACAGCGGAGAGUACACUACUGUUAAUGGCCUUUCCAAACCGUUUGAUCAGAACUUCAAUAGGUCCCACAUCAUAGUAGAAAACAACUCGGGCGAUUUGUCAAAAAAACGGUGCGCCGAAAGCGUUUUGACAAAUACGCUAAUAAAGGGAAGUGGCAAUAUGGACGGUAGAUACACGAUUAAUAGCAAUUCAAAGAAAUGCAUAGAUCAAUUUAAAGGCUCUGAUGCGAAGGUGACAAUUUCAAAGGGAGAAAAUGGAAUGCCUUCAUGGGUAAAAACAUAUGUAGACACAAAAACUACAAGCUUGAAGGGUGAAGCGGCAAAUGUGGGGUACCUAAAUGUAUACACAAAUAAGAUAAAUGAAAAUAAAAACACUAAUGUUAGCAGCUCGAUGGGAAUUCUUCAGCGUCUUUCAAAUAUAGAGACUUCCACCAAUGAUGUGUACCAGCAACCUCAUACUCCUCAAUAUGUGACAAAUAAAAAAAGUAUGAAUCAGCAGGAUAUGUCUCAGUUAAUUAAGACUUCAAAUGAAAAAUUGAUAAGUUUGCAAAAGAAAGAAUUGUUAGACAUUUUACAGGAAAAGGGAGAUGACGGUAACGGAGUGAGGAAGGACAUCCACACAGUGGACAGUAGUCACCACCACACCAAUGGAGACAUAAAUAUUCAAUCCAUAAAUCAGGUCGGUGGAGAAAAAUAUCAGAACUUGUUAGGCAGUACAGUCCAGUAUUUCUCCUACGCGAAUCUCGCAGAAGCUCCGCCAAACUCUGCAGGUGAAACAAAAGGGCCUGAACCAGCGGGCGCAAAAUACUCCCCAGCUACUGGGCCAUUUAAACUGAUUGAUCCCUCCCCCACGGAAAGGCAAAGCAUGCAAAGUGUUAAGCGCGUUAGCAAUGUUGAACGUGUUGAAAAUGCUGAGCUUGUUAGCAAUGUUGACCGUGUUAGCAAUGUUGAACGUGUUGAAAAUGCUAAACAUGUUGAAAAUGCUAAACGUGUUGAAAAUAAUAUGGGGGAGGGGAACGGCAGAAAAUUUGAAGGUACAAAAUCGAAGGGUAAUUUACUCCUUAAAGAAGCUGUAAAAGGAGAUUUGCACAACUCGAACGACACGAGCUUGUCUAGAGGUAGUUCCACGAAUGAUCCUUUGAACAUUGGCUUCAUGAAGAAGAACUUGAAUCUGCUUUUCUGUGCAGACGAGGAAAGGAAUUCACUGGAUAAUGUUGAAAGCAGGGAUGGCAAUACACCCACUAGCAGUGAACAGGAAAAUGGUCCGCAAAGUGGUCACAAUAAUGAAUCAAGCGCGCAGUGCACAGACUCAAAUGGCAACGCGAUCAGCGCGGACAAUAUUGAGGAGGACGAUGGAAACUUCGUUCAUGUAGGAAUCGGUGCGAGGCUCAGUGAGGAUGACCAUGUCAGUGAUCAGUGUGCGAGUGAUGGUGUUGUUCGAAAAACGGGGUUGUCCUGCGGCAUCAGGGGGGUGAGCAGCAACAAGGCCAUCGACCAGAUCAGCAACAAUGUCAGCGAUAAAACUUGCGAUAAAGCCUGCGAUAAAACCUGCGAUAAAGCCUGCGAUAAAGCCUGCGAUGAGGCCAUAGACUUGACCAACCGCAGCGACGAUGUCCUCGACAAUGGACUCAUCGCCGACAGAAGCCUCGGCGGCAAUACCUGCAACGGUGAUGACAUGGUACGAGUUAAUUCUGCAAAUAGUGAAAGUGACAACCUUGAAAUUGAACGGGGAGAAGGCACGGAUGGAAUCACGGACGAAAGCAUUCUUCAGGAUGAUGCAUCGAGGAAAACUCACACCCUUGAUGGAGUCAAAGGUAGCGGACUGCAGGACUUGGAAGGGAGAAAUACAAGAAACGUUAUUAAGGUUAUGUUCACGGAACGAGUGGAGAAGUGUAGUCUUGGAAAAAGCAUAAAAAAGGGGGAAUCACCAGAGCUGGAAAAGGAGAAAUUUUCUGUUAAUCACAAUUUUGAUGAGGCGAAAAAGCAGAAUGGGGUCGUAAAAUGGGUAAAAUUCAACCAUGGCUUUGAGAAAUCUCCAAGUUUUAACGAAAAAAUGGAGGAGCUGAAAUUUCUAAAAGAAAUAUAUGAGAGGGAAAAGGUGGACAAAGGAAAAGGAAGCGAUGCAGAGAUGAACCAAAAUUUCAAAGUUACCACCAUUUCGGGGACUCAAAAAUUGUCAGUGGGGAGGAAUACUAAUCUAAAUUAUCACUACAGAAAGCACACUAAUUUUAACAGAGAAGACAAAGUGAAGACUUUUACCAGUGCAUUAUCUCAUUUGAUGAAAGACAACUUGGAGGAGAGGCAAAAGGGGGAUGAUAAUCCGUUCCGAACAUUGGCCCCACCAGGUCAGACAUUCUAUGAACCCAUUUCUGCAAUUCCGGGUAGCUUCUUAGCGGAACAAAAGGUAAAUAAAAUAAACAUAACGUACAGCCAUCAUCAGGAUGAGCACAACGCGGAAGGUCCUAUGGAAGAUCGUACCAUCACGAAGGGGGACUGUGGCGAAGGAGACGUCACCACCUCGAAGUGUGCAAGCGACAAAGGGAAGGCCAGCCAAUAUAUGUCUUGUACACAGAAUGACGUUGCUAACUCGGACUAUUCCUUUAAUGGGAAGAUUAAUCUUUCACAGGGAGGUGCAAAUGGUGAAGUGUUUAAUAUGCCUCGGCACUGCGUCGAAAAGGUGACUUUUGCAGAUGUGAAUCCACUUUUUGAAGACUCCAAAGUGACACAUGUGGAACCACCUCAAUGCAGUCGAAACGGCAUUUUUGUACAAAACAAACUGAUGUUACAUAAGGAUAGAUGCGAGAGAUUUAAUCCCGGUUUGAUCCACUAUGGUGGUCGCAAAGAAACGCACAGCGUAUGGUCAGGUAGGAACUUAUCGAAGGGGAAAAAUAAGUCUAACAAGGAAUUACACCUGAAGGGGUCGAUUAAAGGGAGCAUAUGUGAGAAUGAUGGGAGAAGGGCUAGCAGAAGAAACACCCCUGAGAAGAGGGACAAAUAUUCGAUCCAUGUGUCCGAUUAUUUUUCAAAUCGGAAUGAUGACUAUGCGAGCUACAUGAUGAGUAAAGAAGGUGCGCAGAACCGUUUGGUUAGUGACCUCUCCGUUGUACCCCCCUGUAACGACGCGAAGUGCAACGAUCAUAAUUAUACUAGCAGACGAAGUAAUGACACCAAGAUGUUAAGGCACAUGGGGAACCAAAUCGUGAGGCUGGAAGAGGCACCACCCGGGAAUAAACACAUCAAAGAAGAUAUUUUCCCAAUCGAGGCAAAAUUAGGGAAACCUCCACAGUUAGGAGAGUUAAAUAACGAUGUGGAUUUCACAUGUAAUGAUCAAAGUAGCUUGAAUAGGGAAAACACCGAAGGAGAGAAUAGUAUAGGAGGGGAAACACUUAGUUGUGGUGCUACUGACCAAAAUUGCAAUAGCACCCUUUUUUGUUGCCCCGUGAAGGAAGAUGUCACCAGCACUCCUCCCAGGAUCUCUAGAACCACCACUCUGAUGAAUAAAUUAUUUAGAAAAGCAAAGAAGAGUCCAGAUCAUGUAGACAAAAGGGAAAACGAUUUUAAAUGUGUUGAUAAGGUACCAAAAGUCAGUUUGGAGGAAACGAAAAGGGACUCGUUAUUGGGUAAAUGUUCCGUUAGUUUUAAAGAAGACAAAUCUGACUUAUUUGAGCUACCCACCAGGGAAAAAGGAGGAAGAACAUUCUCGUAUGUGUCAAAUGGAACGAAUGGGUCGAGAAGGCUGUGCACCAAUUGUCCGACCAUUCCGUGUGAGCCGUUCAAGGGGGGGAGAAGAGCUGCUACACAAUUGUAUAAGGCACCGAUUAGCUUACCUGCACACACUGAUAGAGGAACCCACGCUGAUAGAGGAACCUACGCUGAUAGAGGAACCCACGAUGAUAGAGGAACCUACGCUGAUAGGGGAACCUACGUUGAUAGAGGAACCUACGCUGAUAGAGGAACCUACGCUGAUAGAGGAACAUACGCCGAUUGGAGAACAACCACUAGAAGGAACAUCACUACGAUGAAUAACGCACCUCCUACCGCUAUGCCUUACCCUAAGUGUGAGCUUAUAUGCAAAAUUCCGAGGAGAGCCUUCACGACUUAUUUUCAAGGUAGAGAUUGUUAA